AUGGCGGUGCAUCGCAUCGAUUUCGCGAGCUGCACAAAGCGGCUUCGGCGCUCUGCGCAUGACGCGCCGACUCGAUUGCUGGUGCUACAAGAGCUCUCUGAGGCACUCAGCGUUGCGACAGAGGAUGUCUUUCUGGGUGCAUUUCCUCUGGAUGCGCUAGUCGUGGAAUUACUCUGGACACUUGGUGGCCCUGAGCCAAAAGACCACCUUGUGUCGGACCGCCGUGCUCCCGACGACGACAAUGAUGAUGACCUCGCAGCUGUCCUGGCGAGCACGGCACAUGACGCUGGUGAGAGCGAGGAGGCACAGAUUUAUGCGUGUCGAUGUAUUGCGCACAUGCUCGAAGCACUUCCCGAGUCUGCGCACUGCAUAGUGCGUCGUGGCGCGGUGCGACUGCUUGUUGGGAAACUGCAGGAAAUUGCAUUUAUUGACCUGGCCGAGCAGGUGCUCCAGACUCUCGAGAAGCUCUCGGCAACGCAUGCCCCUGCGAUUAUCCGCGAGGGCGGCAUGCUUGCUGUGUUGCAGUACCUAGACUUUUUCGGUAUUUACGUGCAGCGUGUCGCCAUGUCCACCGUGGCCAACUGCUGCCGUCACCUGACGCAGGCGACAGCAAAGCGCGCAUUGGAGGUCGUGCCGAUCGUCGGUCAGGUGCUGGGGUACUCGGACACGCGUCUCGUUGAGUCGGCUUGCCGCUGUGUGUGCUUGAUGACACAAAAAAUGGCCGAGGACGAACAAGCACUCGAGCAGCUCAUGUCGCACUUGCUGCCAGCCGUGUGUGCGCUUCUCGAACGCGGCCUUGGCAACGAGACAAAUAGCCUGCCGACCUUGCCGAACGACCUAUACACGGAUGUGCUUGACGCUCUGGGUCAGGCAGCACGCAUCAGCACGUCGCUUGUACACAGUCUCGUGGAACACCAUCUCGUCAGCACACUCUUCGUCCUGUUGACGGGAGCGCCGGACCCCACUGUUGUUGUGCCCCAAUCGGCGCUUCUUCAGAACUUUGCGAUGCACUCGCCGGUGCAGAUCCAAGCGGCCGUGAGCCUUUUGCAAGAUGUGCUCCCACCACUCCCGCAGGACGGCAUCUUUGAUGCUCGUGCUUACAGUGAGAAAGCAUACAUGCAGAAAUGGCGCCGCGCUGAGCGUGCAGGAUGUAAAAUAGGCGAGCUCGACCCAUCGCUCGACGAUGCACCCGUUCGUCGACAGAGCGCAUCAGCGUUGAAGCGGCAGCGAGCAGCAGAGACGCGAGCCGAGGCUCAGCGUGCUUGGCCACACUUUUUCGAGCGCUACAUGGCACAAUUGGUACCAGUGUUUCUCUGUCUGUACACAGCAAGUGGCUCGUUGCAAUUGCGAGAAACCAUCCUCACUGCGAUCCUACGCGUACUAUACUAUGCUGAUGCAGCGACCCUCGAUGGUCAGCUUGACAAGCGCGCGUUUGCUAGCUUCUUGGCAGGUGUUCUGGCAUCGCAGGAGCAUGUGAUCUGUGUGGAUGCUGCUUUACAGGCCGUGGAGCUUCUCGUGUCUCGUAUGCCGUUCUUGCCGCUUCUUCUGCGAGAAGGCGUCGUAUGGCACGUCGAGCAACUGGCUAACGACGACGUGCGUGAACGCGACCGUCGCGCCGAUAACCAUGAAGAAGUUCCGUCCUCGUCGACGUCCUCGAACUCAGGAUCCGCACCAGCGCCGCGAUUCCGCUUCCGUGCUAAGCUCGUGCAUGAACGUCUCAAGGCACUUCCGGAGGAUGCAAACGUGGCUGCUGCACGGCGUAUGGUGCAUGAUCUGGAGCAGCUAGCUGAGCGUGUGCUGUCCAGAAGCAACCUGUCAGGAGCGCUCCAUGAGCUCGCCUCGAUCAUCCCACGCAUCACGAGCUUCGAGCUGCACGUAUCGGGACUCGUCGAGGCCCUGUAUGAGUGUGUGACGGAGGAUGCAGAUGGCAUCGACAGCGUGAACGGGCAGAGUAAUGUCCAAGAACGUCGAGCCUUGCUUCGCUCCGCGCUUAUGCCAGCGAAAGAGUCGCUCGUGGCGUGUUUGCAUGCUAGUCUGAGCCGUCUCGAAGACCUGAAUGUCAAGGCUCUUGGAGGCCCGUCAUCGCUCACGAAGCAUCUGAAAUUGCGACUUGUGCCAGAAGAAACGACGGCGGAACGUCUUCCUCGGCCGUACCGCUCAUUGACGGUUUCGAUCCAUGCCAUCAUGACUACACAGGCGCUACAUGACUUCCUCAAGCCAAAGAUCCAGCUGGCGCUAUCGCCGAAUAGUAUGUCUGGCCUCUCGGGCAUGUUGGCGGCGCUGGCUGCUGCUGCGGGGAGGCCAGAUGACGUGCCUCGGAACGAGGACAACGCCGAUGACGAUGUGGAUAUGGCUGAUGACCCGGCCGACGCUGCUGGUGACGACGUGGAUGUGAGUGAUGAUGCAGACGUCAUCACCGACAACGUCGCUGAGCACCACAAUAAUAACACGGCAGAAACGAGCCAGGAAAAGAAUCUCGAUGAUGCUAGCGUAGACAUGAGCGAAAGUGGCCAUGGGGCGGACAUUGAGCACACUGAUGCACACGCCGCAAGCCAGAACAAGAACGAAAAAUCCACUCAUCAACGUGCAGGACCAUCCUAUGCAUCAGCAGCUCAGUCGUCGAAAAGUGCUUGGCAUUUGGCGUUCGAACUCAAUGGGACACACCUACCACUUGAUGCCACCCUUUACCGCUGUUUAGAGGAGCAGCGACUCAGCACCGGUGCUGCAGAUAUCCACACCGUCAAAUACAAAAUCGUGCCUGGUCCUCCUGCGGCACCAAGUCAGCGCUCAGAACAUGUGCCGAUGAUCCUGCCUGCUCAUGGCUUCCAACAGACGCUUCCAAAUUGCAUACCGAAUGAUGCGCCAUACGCGCGCACGAUGCAGCUGCUUGGAGCACUUCGGGAUCUGUGGGAGAACGAUCUAAGCGAUGACGUAUUCGUCAAUACAAAACUCUCAGCAAAACUUGCUCAGCAGCUUGAGGAGCCUCUUGUACUCGCAAGUGGCUGCCUGCCCGCUUGGGCAGUGGAACUGCCACUGAUGCAAUCAUUUCUUUUCACAUUCGACAGCCGGCUCAGAUACGUGCAGAUGACUGCUAUGGGAUACGCACGUCUUCUGAGUCAGUGCGACAAGACCCAUAUGGACGACUUGCUUACGGCCAUGUCUCGGCUGCCACGACAAAAAGUGCGUAUUUCCCGCGCGAAUCUACUUGCAUCGGCCGUGAAAGUGCUUGAGUUGUACGCAAAAGGCUCUUCGAUUCUCGAGAUCGAGUAUUUCGACGAAGUCGGCUCAGGCCUUGGCCCUACGCUCGAAUUUUACGCCCUCGUGUCACGCGAGUUCCAACUCGCAUCACUGCAAAUGUGGCGCAACAGCAAUGGCGCUAGUAAAGGGUACGUGCCUGCAGGCCAAGGCCUCUUCCCAGCGCCCAUUGACGACACGGACCCACUCAAGAACAAGGUCGUGCCUCUCUUUUACACACUUGGCCAGUUUGUGGCAAAGUCGCUUCUCGACUCUCGCAUCAUCGACGUGCCAUUCCACCCCUUGUUCUGGCGCGCGGUCCUGGCACGUCGUGUGCCUUGCACUCUCGAGAUACUUGGUAUAAUCGACCCAACACUUAGUCGCUCUCUUCGUGCUCUGCUGAGCAUGCCAUCGGCCGACCUCGACGCCCUCGGCAUGGAUUUCUCUAUGCCUGGAAAUGAGCGGAUCCUGCCUAGUGCAUCAGACACUAAUGAUACUCGCGUGACUGCCAGCAAUGUCAAUACGUACGUUCAAGCAGUCUUGGACAUGUCUCUACGCGAUGGUAUUAGCCAACAAAUCACUGCGUUCCGACAAGGAUUCGACAGUGUGAUGCCGUUAAGGUCGCUUAACGUCUUUCAUUCAAAGGAGCUCGUCGCCCUGUUUGGCCAGAGCAACGAAGAUUGGGAUGAGUCGACACUCUUCCGCACCAUCGUGCCGGAUCAUGGUUUUUCCGGCGACUCGACACCGUUCCGAGACCUCGUCUGCAUCCUAUCCCAGCUGACGAAAGAAGAGCGCCGCACGUUCGUGCAGUGGCUUACAGGCUCGCCACGCCUUCCCUUAGGAGGUUUCGCUGCACUGCAGCCGCCGUUCACGGUCGUUCGUCGUCAGCACGAAGCGCCUCUGAAGCCAGACGACUAUCUGCCGAGUGUUAUGACAUGCGUAAACUAUCUUAAGCUCCCAUGCUACUCGAACCGUGAAGUCAUGAAGUCACGCUUGUUCACGGCCAUGCAUGAGGGACUGACAAGUUUCUAUCUGUCAUAG